AUGUAUGGAGGUGCUAUAGCUUCUGAUAAUAAACUUGAUUCUAAAUUUUAAAAUAUUUAAUUAACAUUUUCGUCAUUUAUGAAUAACUAAGCUCUUAUUGGUAGUGUUUUAUUUUAAAUGCAAAACCUCCCUAUUAGCAGGAUAUUCUAAAAUACAUUGUUAAAUAAUUUUGCAAAAUUAUAUGGAAACUAGUUAGAAUAAUCUGCUGUAGGAUUUAUUGGAAUUUUAAAUGGUCAAAAAUAUAAUUCUAAAAUUGUAAUUUAUAAUUUUCUAAGCGGAAUAAUUCAAGAUGAUUUGUUAAUUUAACUUAUAAAUGCUGAAAAUUACCCAAUUUCAUAAUUAAAAAAUGACAUAAUUCUUAAAUUAGAAACAGACUAGGAAGAUUUUUCAAUUUUUCCUUCAUAGAUAAAAUAAAAUAAUGGCUUAUUUAAUUUAUCUAAUUUAUCCAUCUAUGGAAAGUUGGGGUCAUAGCUAAAAAUUAGACUUACUUCUGAUUUUAACUACAUCCCUAAUUAUGACUUAUAGGGAAAUUUUCUUAAUAUUUCUUAGAAUAUUUAUUUUGAAAUACAUUUUUAGUUCAGAAAAUUAUGUCCUAAGGGUACAACUCUUGUCUAAGAUAAUAGCAAAAAGGAUAUGUGCUAUAAUUGCCCCGCUGGUACAUUUAAUUUAGUUGAUGGAUAAAAUUGUAUCAAAUGUCCUUUUGUUUGUUAGAACUCAAUAAUGUAUUUACCAAGAGGAUAUUGGAGAUAUUCUUUAACAACAUAUGAAUAUUAAGAAUGCUAUUUAUCAUAAAAUUGUGUUGGAGAUAUUGAUAAAAUAGUAUCUCAAAAAUUAUAGGGCAGUACAAAUAGAUAUUGUAGUGAAGGAAAUAUUGGAGUAUUUUGCAUGGAUUGUGACAUAGAAGGAAUAUACUGGGAAAACAGAUACUAAUAAAUAACUCCUUAUACAUGCUAAACAAAUUAAAUUAAAGAAAUUAAAAAAGUUCAUAAGAGCUUUGGAAAUUAAUAAAACAAAGAAUUUAUAGCAAACAGUAGAAUCUUUUAGCUUAAUAUUACAAGGAAAAAUAAGAGAAACAAAUAGCUAAAAGCUACUUAAGUUACAAGAAACUUGUAGUUAUCACUAACAUGUAAUGCCAAUUAAUGUUAUGCAGUAAAACUGAAAGGUUGUAGCAACAUUUUACCUGAUUACACUGGAACCGACACUUAAGGAAACUGUACUAGUGAUAGAGAAAAGUCUAAUAUACUUUAUUGUGCUAAAAAUUCAAAUAAUGUAUGCAUGGAUUCUUCCAAAACCAUGUGCAUUUUGCUUAAUUCUGAUCCUACUGAUACUUAUGUAGGAAGUUACUUGAAUAGCAACUAAAUUCUUAUCUGUAUUUAAUUAACUGAUAUCUAAUUGACAUAAAUAACCCCUACAAGAAUUUAAUUCUUAAAAGAUGGGUAUUGCUACAAAAAUGAUAAUCUUAUAUAUUAGGGGUAAUAACUAAAGACUAGUUAUAUGUGCCAAUGUCCUUAAAAUUAAUGCUUCAAUGGAACAAAGUGUAUUUAAAUGGAUAAAAAUAUAAAUGCUGGAUUAAAUUUAAAUGGAUAAUGCGUUAAACUGUCAGUGAUAGAUAAUAUUUAAAGUUGUUUUAAUGAUGGAUUAAGUAUUUGUUUAUUAACAAUAACUUAAAAUACUUCAAAAUGCAUAGUCUACAACUAAAACACUGACAUAAUAGGAGUAUAUAGUUACUAAAAUGUGAAUUAUUGUUUGUCAAAAUCUUAAGUUAAUUAGACAAUAAUAAUAAAUAACAUUAUUAAUUUGAACUCUACUUAUUGUUAUUACCACAAUUAAUUUGUAUAAAUUCCCAAUCAGACUUUGUAAAUUAUUGGGAUCACUUCUAGAUAUAAUUGCUUUCUGUUAAAUUCAACUGUAAACUAAUCAGAUCCAUUAAAAUCCUGUAUAAAAGGAUACUGCAUUUCUUAACAAAAAUGCAUUCAAAUGAAUAGUUACAAUCUUAUCUCUAAAAGAUAAGAUUAAACAUGUGGUGGUAACUCUGAAUAAAAUUUUUUAGAAUGCUUCACAUCUAACACAAGUAAAACAACUUGUAUUAAUGGAAAUUCUUGUGAACUUAUUCUUUAAAGCAAUAAUUUUGUUGGAGCAUAGGCAAAUUUUGACUGUGUUAAAGCUAACCAGCAGGUUAACUCUGAUCAAGGGUAAACGAUAAUGUACUGUGACUAAUAUUAUUGCAUAUAAUAAUAUCAGAUCGAUGUUCUGGUUAGCUCAGGUAGGCAUGGAGAUGUUUACAGGACAGUUACUGUUUAAUCAUGCUUUGUGAUGAAUUGGUUUAAAAAAGAUUCUUCAGGAUAUUGUAUAUAUUAGGGUUUAUAAAAUAUUUGCCCGAAUGAUAACUAAUGCUUAACAUAUGACUCUGAUUUAUAAAAUUAUAUUUGUGUGAGUUUGUCUACAGAUAUAACAAAUCCUAAUUUUGCUAAAGAAAAAAAGACAUCAAAAUGCUUACCUUAUCAGCCUAUCACAGGAUAAGCUUAAAAUAUUGACAAAUGUCCUGCUGGAUAUUGCAUUUAUAUGCUAUCAUAAUCUUAAAAAUAUUGUGUAGCUCUUGGAUCUUUUGUUUAUGGAAAUUAGUACAUAGGAGUUGAGUAAUAUACAUAAUUAUGUUUACAAUAGUUAGAUCUUUCUUAUAUAGGGAUAUCAUGGUGUUAUGGAGAUAACUGUGUUUUCAAAUAUCAAAAUUAUUAUGUAUGCCAUCCUCUAUAGUAUUAAAGCACAUACUUUUCAACAAAUCUAAGUGUCAAGGCUAAGUUAUAAGAUGGUACCUGUGCAGAUUUAAAUUAAACUGUUUCUGUAAAUUGUUUAGCAGGUGAUUACUGCAUACUGAAUGGAGCUUGUAUUCCUCUUGAUAGUAACAAUUAAUUAGCUGUAGGUAGAAGCUUACAAGACUAAACCUGCCUGCCUUAGAAUACAAUGCCAGCAACUAAUUGUGCACAAAAUUAUUGUUUAAAAAAUAACUAAUGCUAUCCUCUUUCUUUGUAGAAUCCAGCAAGAGAAAGUUAAACAGGGAUUUGCAUUUAAGCAAAUGAUCCAGGAAUGUUUGGAGCUAGUUCUUGUUAUAUUGAUUAUUGCCUCUUUUUGGGAACAUCACAAAAUUAAAAUAUGUGUUUGCCGAUAGAUUACUAAUAGCAAAAUUAAUUAGGAAAAUAUCAAGGAACUGGUAUAUGUGUAUCCUAAAAUGAUUAAAGUAUCCCACAUACGACAUAAAUGAUAUAAUUAUGCUUUAAAGGAGUUUAUUGCAUUGCUACUAAUAGUAAUGGAGACUAUUGCUAAAAAGUUGAAGGUAUUUAUAAAUGUUCUGAUUCGUAAGGAAAGUGCGUUUUGCAAACAGAUAGUACAACUCCAUGCAGUAGAUGCUCGUUUAAUGAGUGCUUACUUAAUGGAAAUUGUGUAUCACUAGAUAAUAAAUAUUGCUAAGAUAAUAAUGGUAAUUGCUUAGAUGUGAGUUAGUCAGGUUGCAAAAUAAAAAUAAUUUAUGUUAAGAUCUAAAAGUAGCAAAUGAAAUUAAACAAUGCCUAGUCUGCCCAAAAUAUUUUUUUAACCCUGGAGAUGAUACUUGCUAUCAGCAAGUUAAGUAUAUCUAAGAUAGCUAUUUUAAUUUAUAACUUCAAUACAUCAUGGAAGACUGCUACCCUAACUCUGAUUGUUCCUUUAAUAGUUAAAAAUGUCCAGAAGGUAUUGCCUGAUGGUAAAUUUACCAAUAAAAAGUAUUAUAACUUUGGUAAUUACUAAGCAUAAAAUGUAUUAGGUUAUUGCUUAAGAUGUUAACCUGGUUAUAAACGCGCUGCUAAUAGGUUUGAUUGUGCCUAAAUAGUGCAAGACAGUUAACCUAACUGUUAUGAUUAUGACAUUAUUUCUUCUAUUAAUUUUAAAAGUACAAAAACUUUCUUAAAUUAUUAAUAUUAAACUGGAGAAACUAGUAUAUUUAAUUGCAACUAUUGUUCUCCUAGUACUUGUUUAUCACCUUAUUAUAGAGCUUGUAUAGACCUUGGUGAUCCUACAAAUUUAAACUCUACCUCAAUAAUCUGCAAUUCAUAAUCUACAUAGAAUCUUAAAGUUGUUGGAGGCGAUUAUUAAUAUAAUAAUUGUUAAUAUUUAUAUCCUUUAAUUAUAACUGCUGAAUUUAAUCUCUAUUGCGACUCAAAUAGGCAUUGCGAUUAACUAAUCUAGAAUUGCUUAAAUUGUUAUGAAUUUUAGCACUAUUAAGAUGGUUUAUUAUUUUAAUGUAUUUAGUGUAAAGAAGGAUUUAUCCCUAGUAUAAGUGGGUGUAUUCCAUGCCCAAAAGGAUGUUUAAAUUGCUAUGAAAUAGGCUAUUAUUAAUAAUAAAAAGUUAAUUUCACUAAUAUUCUUAUUUAUGAAAGAAGAAUGUUAAAAGAUAUGACAUUAUAGUAAAGAAUUGAUUAUAGUAAUCUCUAUUAAAUUUAGAUGCUCUGCUCAGUUUGUGAUAGUGGAAGAGUGCUAAGUGCUACUUAAUUAUCAUGCGAUUAUGUUGUUUGUGGGAAGUACUGCCAAAAAUGUAUGUAUUAUUAAGAUUAGCCGCUUUGUGUGUAAUGUAAUACUAAUCUUUUGUUUGCUGAAAUAACAUCUAUUUAAAUGUACAUAGCAUAAAUGUACUUUAAUUCUAUAUUUUUAGAUUAAAUUGAUCUUAUGAUUAGCUUUGAUCAAAAUUAACAAAACUGUAAAUUGUGUCCAAUGCUAUGUGAAACAUGCUAAGAUAAGAGCAAUUAUUUUUUGAAUGGAGCCUAUGAUCUGUAUGACACUAAAUGUUACUCUUGUAAAUAAAAGAUACCAAACUCUUAACCAGAACUUGAAAGGUAUGAAAUAAGGUACGAUAAAUAAAGAAUGAAAUGCUAACUUUGUUUAAAGAAUGAUAAUGGAUGCUAUUUUAAAAAACAAUCUCAUGUUUACGUAUUUUGUGGUUCUUAUAAUUAAACAUUAGGAUCAGGAACAGAGACAGACCCAUAUAAUUUAUUUAAAAUUUCUUAAAUCAACGUAGAUUCCUUAAUACUUAAUGAAGCAGAUGUAAACAGAGCCUACCUAUAUUAUAAUGAACUAUAAUUGAGGGAAUUAGAACUUAUAAUUUAAUAUGUUGACUAAGGUGGAGUUUGUGUAGAAAAUGUUGCUUUAAAUCUUCAAACUAACUUAAAGAGUACAAUCAGUUCAUUAGAAUUCAUGACAUUAACAAUUAAGGCAGAUUAAAGUAAAGAUUAUUAAACAUUCUUUACAGUUAAGCAAAUAGCUGUGGCAUAAAUAUCAGGUUUUAGCUAAAUUUAGGUAUAAAAUCUUAAUAUUGUUUCAAAAUACAUAAAUGGCUACUUUGGCUACUAAUCUCAAAAUACGACAAUCAAUCAAAUUUAAUUUUAAAAUGUAACUUUUAGUACUUAAAGCUAAGUUCCUAACUUAUUGUGGUUGAGCUUUGAAUACUUCAACGGAACUCUAAUUAUAGAUAAUGUCUCAUUCAAUAACAUUACAAUUCAAAAUAGGAUAACUAAAUUUGUAUAAUCUUUAAAUAAACUAAAGUAGCUUCUUAUAGAAAUCAACACUUAUAUUGGCUUCUCUGCAUAUUUUAAAAACAUCUUCAGCUUUUAAUUUAGCAAAGCUUAGCAUAAACAACUCCAAUUUUUAUAAUAACUCUAUAAUAGUUUAUGCUCAAAAUUUUAAUCAAACAACAAUAAGCAAGCUAGAGUUAUUUAAUAAUAAAAUAGUAUCAGAUAUAAGCAAUACUUAACAGUUUUAUAGCUUAUUUUAUUUAGAUUAGCCAUAUAAUACGAUUCAAAUUUACAGGCUUACAAUUUUACUUCAUUUGAGAUCCAUUCUAACUUAGUUGAUUGUAAUUAAGCUAUAAUAUUCUAAUUAAGCAAAAGUAUAAAUGCAGUAGUAAAUAUAACAGAUUUCUAAAUAGAAAGCAACAAAUACAAUAUUUUAUAAAAUGUUGAACAGUAGAAUAAUAAAUUCUUUUAAUUUAGCUCAAUAACAAGUUUAGUAAUAAAUAAUUUAAGCAUUUAAGAUGAUAAUGUAGUUCAAUUUUUAACAAUUUAAAGUAUUUAACAUGUUGAUAUAAAUAUCCUUAAUGUUGGUUAAUUAGCCAGAUAAUCCUCUGCCUAUAAUAUAUUUAGCUUUUAAGCUGUGAACUCUACUUGUAUAAUUAAGAAUGUGGUGCUUAUUUAACUAACUACAUACUAAUAAUUAAUACUAAUACACCAAAUAAUGAAUUAAAUAAAUGAUAGAGAUUAGUACAAUAUUAAAUUAUUGAAUUUCACUCUAAACGAGAUAGAGAUGAUAAGAAUACCACCAAUUAGCUUAGAAAUUCCAAUGUAAAACAUUAUUGAAAUUUAAUCUAAAAUUGAUGGAAAUGUGUUAAUUAGUAACUUUUAAGGAACUAAUAUUUAUAGAAAGUUCAAUAAAACCUAGGAGUAUUAAAUAACAGAAUUAUAUUAAUCUACUGUCAUAUUAAUUUAGAUGCAAAUUGGGUAUUUAUAAAUAGAAAAUAGCUUAAUUUAAUCAUAUUAUGUCCAUCCAUAACAUAAUCUUUUGUAAAUUAGCUGCUACUAAAUAUAAUUAGUCAACUCUUCUUUUGUUUUAUAAGAAAAUUAAAAUAAAAAACUUACAUUAGAUGAUUCUACUUUAAAAGGUGGAAUACUAAACCUUUUUGCUUCAUAGGUAUAAAUAUUUAAUACAACGUUUUUAGGAGGUUUAGCUAUGUAAGGAGGUGCUAUUUAUUUUCAAAGCUUAUAGCAGACUAAAGUAUACAUCUAAUAAUCUAACUUCAUUGAUAAUUGGAGCUUUAAUUUGAAAAAUUAAUAGGAGUGUUUUGGAGGAGCUAUCUAUUUUGAUAUUUCAUUAAUUAAAAACACUGUUGAAUUUUUUGUUUUAAAUACAAAAUUCUAAAACAAUCUAUCUUUAAAUCAAGGAGGAGCUAUUUAUAUUUCCAACUCACUACUUAAGUAUUUUUUUAUAAGUCAAUAUAACAACUUCAUAGAUAACUUAUCUUUAAAAGGUAGUAAUAUUUAUUCUUUUUAGUCCAAAGCAAUUAGCUAAAUAACAAUGUAUAUAACUGUUGUUUCAAUUACUGACAACUUUUAUAUUCUAUCCCAAAAUUUACAACCUUAUUUCUCAUAACAAAUGAUAGAGAGUGCUAGUAUUUCAUUAUUUAGCUUUUAAAAUUACUACAGCGUAGAUGUUAUUUAAUGCAUAUUUUAAUCAAGUUAGCCAAAUAAUUAAUUAAAUGAAAUUAAUUUAGCUAUGCUUUCAUAUUAAGCAAUAAUGAAUUUUAAAUCUAUUACCUUAUUAACUUUAGAUUAAAACAAAUACAAUUAAUUUUAAGUUUAUAGUAACUUAAUUAAUAUUUCUAACUCUCUAAAAGUGUUAAUCUAAUGGGAUUUUUUUGAUAACAAUUAAUUGGCUGCAAAUCCUCUUAUAUAUCACCAAAAUACCUAAAUUAAAAGCUUUAUAUCUAUAAACUCGAACUCUGUUAUUAUUAAAAAGCUAACAUUCUAAAACAACAAUUGCAGUUUAUGCGAUUAAGGUAAUAUACUCAUAGAUUCAAGUCAUCUGCUUAUAUACUAAAGCAUUUUCAAAGGAAACACUGCACUUAAUGGAGGAUCUUUAUAUUUGUAAAUGACAAUUCAAACAAGUAAUAAUAGAAUUUUAUAGCAUUCAAAUAUAGAUGACUAUCUGAUACUAUUUAGUUAGGCAAACCAAACAAUAUUAAACUGCACUUUUAUUGAAAACACAGCUCUCUAAAGUGGGGGAUCUAUUUUUAUAGAAAAUACUCUUAUAUAUUUGUCAAACUUAUUUUUUAUUGGAAACAAAGCAAAGAUGUAUGGAGGAGCUUUAGCUUCAGAUAAUAGCUCUGGUAAUACCUUUUAAAAUAUUUAAUUAGCUUCUUCUACAUUUCUGAAUAACUAAGCACUAAUAGGAAGCGUCUUCUUUUAGAUGCAAAAUCUUCCUAUUUAAAAAAUGUUCUAAAAUACUUUAAAAAAUAAUUUUGCUAAACUUUAUGGAAAUCAACUUUAGUAAUCUGCUGUAGGAUUUAUUGGUAUUUUAAAUGGUAAAUCAUAUAAUAGUAAGAUAAUCAUUAAAAAUUUUCUGAGUGGAGUAAUCAAAGUACAAAUUUAUUUACAAUAGAUUUAUUUUAAAAAUAAAUUUUUACUUUAUUUUAUUAAAUGA